AUGGAACAAACAAUUAAUCCUAGGCGGAAACCAAUGACAAGGUUAAACCUCCAAGAUACCCAACCAGUCCCACAGUUAUCUUUCUGUGAGUCUCCCAAGCAUAUACCAAAACUACGAAUUCCUUCGUCAAAUGUGAACAAAAGCGAUUAUUUAUCCCCUCGCUUGAGGAAACGAGCAGAAACUCAAAGUUUAGCCGACAUUUCCUUCAGUUUUGAUCAUGGAGAUCUAAGAACACCGAGGUGCAUCAAGGCUAACCACGGAAUCGACAUUUUGCCCAGUCCAAGAAUUAACUAUACUUCGAGGCAACAUCGAGGUUCAGUAACUUUUAUUAACAAGAGAGCAAUUGCUACCAAUUUGUUAUUAGACACUUUUCCACAUAUGUAA